GCGCGUCCACUGAGCCUCCCCACCUUGAAUGGCCUUGUUGAAAAGGAGAGCCGUAAAUUGUCGGAUGAGCAGAGGGGGUGGGGGGGAGACUCUGCCUCUCCCUCCUCCCGCCUCCCCCUCUCUCACAUGCUAUCUCUUUCUUUCCUUUACCAAGUAGUGGUUUCCAUCUCACCAAACCCCUUUACCCCUGAAUGUUUAAAAAGAUGAAAGGAUAAGGAAAAGAAUGGAGACAAAAGAGGAGAGGGUUAUGUUACAACCCUGCCCCUGAGAGACUGCUCAUGAAAGAGUUCGGGGAUGGGAGAGAUAGGGACCGGAGAGGAACCACAGAAAGAGAAGAGGAUCAUGAAAAGAGAUGACGCAAAGACUGUGACUUUGCCUCCCGUCCCCUCUCCCUCUGCAUCUCCACAUCCCUCCUCUCUUCCGUGCGUGUCUCUCCCGAUGCCUCGCUCUUGUCGGAUGGGAGACAGCGACACACAGCAGGCAGGAUGACAAGCCAGUCGACAGCCAACCAGUCCAACACAAACAAGAAGGAGAAAGAAGAAAGCGAGCGAGAUGACAACACAGAAGUCGCGUAUAAAGAUGCCGGCCACUGCAGCCGCAACACCCACAACCUGCUGCUGGGACUCACUGUUUUGGGUGUUGUCAUGGGAGCGGUGUUUGGGACGGUGUUGCGGUACAUGAGUGUAAAGGACUACUCCGCCCUCACUAUGGUUUCCUUCCCUGGAGAAAUCCUCAUGAGGAUGCUGAAGAUGCUCAUCCUGCCUCUAAUCAUUUCCAGUCUCAUCACAGGGUUGGCUGGUCUGGAUGCCCGCUCCAGUGGCAGGAUGGGUAGUAGAGCCAUGGUGUACUACAUGUCCACCACUGUAAUCGCCGCCAUCCUCGGGGUCGUCCUGGUGUUGGGGAUCCACCCUGGGAACCCCAAACUGAGGGGGGAGGGCCCGACGAACUCAACCCCGAAGAACCAGGAGGUCAGCAGUCUGGACGCCUUCCUCGACCUGCUCAGAAACCUCUUCCCUGAGAACCUGGUGCAGUCCUGCUUCCAACAGGUUCAGACGGUGCUGAAAAAAGUGUCGGUUAUAGUCCCAAACCAAACUGAGCCGGUCAUAGAGACCAGGAAGAACCUGGAGUACAAAUGGGGGAUGAACGUUCUCGGCUUGAUUGGCUUCUUCAUCACCUUUGGGGUCUGCAUGGGCAGGAUGGGCGAGCGAGGGAAGGUCAUGUGCGAUUUCUUCAACAUCCUCAACGAGAUCAUCAUGACGAUGGUUUCAAUGAUCAUGUGGUACUCUCCUGUCGGCAUUGCCUCCCUGAUUGCGGGGAAGAUUGCGGCCAUCGGAGACCUGGAGGUGGUGGCCAGGCAGCUGGGCAUGUACAUGGUGACAGUCAUCGUGGGCCUGAUGAUCCACGGCGGCUUGAUCCUACCGGCUAUAUUCUUCGCCAUUACCAGAAAAAGCCCUUUUACUUUCUACUCUGGAAUCUUCCAGGCUUGGAUCACAGCUCUGGGCACUGCUAGCAGUGCAGGAACGUUACCCGUCACCUUCCGCUGCCUGGAGGAAAAUCUGAAGAUUGAUAAGCGUGUGACUCGCUUCGUACUGCCCAUAGGUGCCACCAUCAACAUGGACGGCACGGCGCUAUAUGAGGCCGUGGCAGCCAUCUUUAUUGCCCAGAUGAAUGACAUCUCCCUAGAUACCGGACAGAUCAUCACUGUCAGUAUGACUGCCACCCUGGCCAGUGUGGGAGCUGCCAGUAUUCCCAGUGCUGGGCUGGUUACCAUGCUGCUGAUCCUGACGGCUGUGGGGCUGCCGACUCAGGACAUCAGUCUGCUCAUCGCUGUCGACUGGCUGCUUGACAGAAUGCGUACCUCCAUCAAUGUGGUGGGCGACUCGUUCGGCGCCGGGAUAGUGGACCACUUGUCGAAGGCGGAGCUUGCCGAAAUUGACGCGGCGGAAAUGCAAAUGCUCCAUCAAGAGGAGGAGCUCGAUUUCAUCCCUCCGCCGCCCAUCCUCACGGAGAUGGACCUGAUCGACCCAUUCAAACCGCCCGAGCUGCCCCCCCGCUCCCCUCGCCCACCCAAACAAAACCACCACAGCCGCAUCUCCCAGUCCCACUCCAAUACUUACUCUCCGUCCCGUUCUGUCCGAUCUCCAUCACCACGCUCCAUCCGCUCUCCCUCUCCGCGCUCCGUCUGCUCCCACUCCCCCCGACCUUUCCGUACUCAUUCACCACGCCUCCUCCGCAGGACGGAGGCGGGCUACUGCUCCCUGCCCAGCCACGAUAACCAGGUUCCCACAAUGCCUCGCUCCCACAGAGAGAGAGACAGGGAACGGGAGCGUCUGAGGCGAGAGAGUGAAACUGAAGAGGAGGAGGAGAGAGAGAGGGUUUUGGGUGAAGUAAGCGACGGCGAGGAGAGCGAUGACACUGCUUACAAUCGGAGGCACGCCAUGCCGACGAGCGACCUGCCAUGAUUGGAUUUUUACCACCAAAAAGCUUCCCCGUCGAUUAGUUUCUGCUUUACGACAGCUUUUCGAGGUCCACAGUGGAUUUCUGGCUGCUUACGUUGCUACUUCUUAGAUGUAUUUUGAGUUCACUGCUCUUGAACUGUUGGAUAAAGUGGUCAUUAAGCUCACUUUGAGCUGAAUAUACAUAUAUAUUAAAACCAGGCCUGAGACUUUUGCUCUUUGGUUUGCAAAACAGAGCUUAAACGGAGAGUUGUUUCCCUAGUUUACUCACGUCUCCAUCACUGUCUUGAUUUGUCAUCUCAUGACCCAACUUAAAAUGCUCCUGUGUGUCUGAACUUCUCUAAAGUUGAUGAGAAAAGUAUCUUGGUGUUAUCAGCCUCUUAACAAACAUCCGCAAGUGAUUAGUUGAUCCUUUUACCUUUGCUCAACUCUUGUGUUGAAGUGAAAAUUAUUAAACUUAAAGCAGCAGUCUCUGUAACAUAAUCCUCCUACCAUCACCUCUAAAGCUCAUUAAGUUAAACGUUAAAUCUUGUGUGUGUAAUCUGUACAGAAGGAUAUUAAGUGCCGGAAUAUUUCUUGCCUGCGAGCAGUAAAUUCCUGAUGGCUCUACUGGUUACCCGCCAACUGGUCCCAGACGAGUAAUAGUCCAACACACGAAUGUCUCUACAGCCACAACUUGUGUUAGUUAGUGAGCCUUACAUGUGGGGGUAGGCUGAUUUAGUUUCCCCCCUGUUUCAAGUCUUUAUGCUAAGCUAGGCUAACCAGCUGCUGGCUGUAUUUUCAUCUUUCCCCCGAUAUGAGAGAGGUAAUGUUUCUCCUUUAACUCCCAACAUGUCAAACUUUUACUUUAAAUGACUUUGAGAACAGGUUUGUGUAAAUGAAACAACCAGCAGACAUUAUUUUUUAUAAAUCUCUCCCUUCUUGCAUCUCUUUACAUUUUAUUCCUCAGUGCGCUCAUCACCUCUCAUCUUGAUGUUAAUAUUGUCUAUAUCAUCUUUGGUUUGUAUUUACUUGUUGUGGUCUGGUGUCUGAAAUGAUGAGUAAUAGGCAAGAUGCUGUUUUAAUUUUGUUGUAUGUUUAAAUUUUUUAGUUUUACUCUCAUUUCAUGAUUCUUAAUUGCUGUAAAAUAACGUCAUCGGUCUCUUCCUCCUCAUUAACUGCCUCCCUCCAUCCUUACGUCUUGACUCAGAUUCACAGGUCCAGCUCGUGUGUAUAUUGU